ACCUGGGUGUGGCCUUCCGUGUUGGGUUAGAUUCCAGAAAGGAGAGUUCAGAGAUUAGGGCUUGCUCCACCUACCACCAACCUCCAGGAAAGAGGGAGGUGGUGGUAGGCGGAAGCCUAGACCCGGACGCCCGCACUAAGUCUGUGGCAGCGACUAAGGGCGUGGAUUGACUGCGGGAGCGCUAGGACUCAAAGCCUGCAGAGGCAAGAACAGGACGUCCCGUUCCCCAUUCCCCGCCUGAAAGGCGACUGACUCUGAGUGUCAGGGUCGGGAGAAGGGACAAGGUGACGAAAACUGCGAGAGAGGGCGGUAGGACCCGGCGGGAGAAGUCUGUGGCCGGGAAUGGAACUGGGCGGGAGGAAAAGAGGGAGGGAGAGAGCUAAAGCGAAGGUGCUGUGCCGCUGGCGUCUGCACUCGCCGCACUGCACGAGUUGCAAGACCGGACCAGGCUGGACCCAGAUAGUAUAAAAGGAGCCUCACCGGCUCCGAGGCUCACAUCUAGCUCCCGGGCUGGCGCACGCCGGGUUCCUCCUGCUCCCCCCGACACCUGCCCCCUCCUGGUCUACGGCUCCAGGGAGCCUGAGCGGAGCUGGAUUGGGUGGGCCAGUGCUUUAAUCACCCGGGCGAAGACGGGGCGUGGAGAGGAGCUAGCAGACGCGGCGGCAGCGCUGGGCGCACUGGAAGUGCAGGGGACGCGCCCGCCGGCUUGGUGGCCGCGCCUGUGACCUCUCCUUUCGGCUAAGAACCCAGGCGGAGGAGUUACUGAGGAGCCCACGGAACUGGCUAGGCAAAGGAGACAAGCCCGUGGUCUCCAUGAUCCUCCCAUCCUCUGUUCUCUCCCUUGUCCGCUCCAUGCUCAAGAGCUGCGCUCCGCAGCCCGGGCGAGGAGAGCCAUGGAGGAGCAGGGAGUUCAGUGCGCCCCGCCGCCUCCUGCCGCCUCCCAGACAGGGGUACCUCUUGUCAACCUCUCUCACAACUGCAGCGCAGACAGCUACAUUUACCAGGACUCCAUCGCCAUGCCCUGGAAAGUCCUGCUGGUUGCUUUGCUGGCUCUCAUCACCUUGGCCACCACGCUCUCCAACGCCUUUGUGAUAGCCACGGUGUAUCGGACCCGGAAGCUGCACACCCCAGCUAAUUACCUGAUUGCCUCUCUGGCCGUCACUGACCUGCUCGUGUCCAUCCUGGUGAUGCCCAUCAGCACCAUGUACACGGUCACUGGACGCUGGACAUUAGGCCAGGUGGUCUGUGACUUCUGGCUGUCGUCGGAUAUCACCUGUUGCACUGCUUCCAUUAUGCAUCUCUGUGUCAUCGCCCUGGACCGCUACUGGGCCAUCACUGAUGCGGUAGAGUAUUCUGCUAAAAGGACUCCCAAAAGGGCGGCCAUCAUGAUAGCCCUGGUGUGGAUCUUCUCCAUCUCUAUUUCGCUGCCACCCUUCUUCUGGCGUCAAGCCAAAGCUGAGGAGGAGGUGCUGGACUGUUUUGUGAACACCGACCACGUCCUCUACACAGUCUACUCCACGGUGGGCGCUUUCUAUUUACCCACCCUGCUCCUCAUCGCCCUCUAUGGCCGCAUCUAUGUGGAAGCCCGCUCCCGGAUUUUGAAACAGACACCCAACAAGACCGGCAAGCGCUUGACACGAGCCCAGCUGAUAACAGACUCCCCUGGGUCCACGUCCUCGGUCACCUCUAUUAACUCCAGGGCUCCCGACGUGCCCAGUGAGUCCGGGUCUCCAGUGUACGUGAACCAAGUCAAAGUGAGAGUCUCAGACGCCCUGCUGGAAAAGAAGAAACUCAUGGCCGCUAGGGAGCGCAAAGCCACCAAGACCCUAGGGAUCAUUUUAGGAGCAUUUAUUGUGUGCUGGCUGCCCUUCUUCAUCAUCUCCCUGGUGAUGCCUAUCUGCAAGGAUGCCUGCUGGUUUCACAUGGCCAUCUUUGACUUCUUCAACUGGCUAGGCUAUCUUAACUCCCUCAUCAACCCCAUCAUCUACACCAUGUCCAAUGAGGACUUCAAACAAGCAUUCCAUAAACUGAUACGCUUUAAGUGCACAGGUUGACUUGUCAAUGGCAGUGGGGUCGCCUAGGCGGCCUUUGGGGAUCAAGUUGGGUCUUUUGCAGGUAGGUCAAAUCUUCUUUCCCUGUUACUGGGUGGAAGCAAGGCUCUCUGUCCCGGGCAAGGGCAAUGGAUCCUGUGAAUCCGGGCAGCUCUGAGAGAGCACUCUGGAAGGUGAACUGCUCCAACUACUGCAAAGCUUCCAUGCUGAGGAGGUUAGCCUCCUGUCCUCAAAGCUCGGGCUCAGCACAGAUCCUCCUGCAGCCAAUCACACAAAAGGUUGCAACUUUUUAACGUUGAUGAUGGAUGGGGGAUGCCCCGUUUUGUACCAUGGACAUUGCCCUCUAAGCCAGUGGCACUUGUAGGUAUUGUCGGAAGCCUAUCUGAGACAGAUCUACACACAGCCUGGCAGUACUUGAACUAGACAAUUAAUACCCUGUGCUUUGGGGGGAACUUUGUGUUACAGCUUAAUUUUAGAACACUCACUUUGACAUCCUUCAGUCUUCAUUUGUUUAUUUAAAUGUGGUUGGAGAAACUUGUGGAUUUGGUGCUUCAAACACUAAAUGUGGCUUGGACGGCACAGAGCAACCUUGAAGAGUUAAAGUGAAAUUCUGAUGAUAAGAGCUCUAUUUUUAUUACAAUCAAAAAAAUAUAUGGGGGUGGUGGGUGGGAAUGGGAGAUGGGGAGUGUUACACUGAGGAUCAACACCUAAGAGUGUUUGUUUUCUGCAGAGUUCUAAUUUUUUAAAUUCCUGUUUUGUGAUCGUCAAACUACAACUCUAACAGCUCAAACAAAACAUAAUGUGUGCUAGUGCCAAAGUCUGCAGGCUGCGUGGUUUCCUAAUCUCAUGUACCAGUCAUCUUACACACUUAAAUCCCCACCAAUGGAGGGUAUGCUGAGUGACUCAGUCCAAACUGCUGCUGGUAGAGGAGUUUGUCAAAUGGAUUAGAGUUGGAUACAGUUACUUAACAAGAAAGUAUCUUUCUUCCUUAUCCGUGCUAUACGGAGGAGACUGAUGAAACAGAUGCUAUUUCUUAUAUAAUUAAGGAAUAAAGGGGGAGAUAAGAGGAUGUAUAUUUUUGACUUGUAAAAAAAAUCUUAAAAUGCAUGAGACAAUUUUUGAUAAUCAUUUGCACUCUCUCCCAUCUGUGGUUCCUUUGUGUGCAAAUAUAUAAAGUAAACAAGAGAACAAGUUUCCCUGUCCAGAAAUCUUCAAAACGCAGCCAGAACACCCCAAACUAUAUUAAAGUGUGCAUGAGAGAGAGAGAGCCUGGGACUCCACCUUGUUUUUUUCUUACUAUUGAAGUUUGGGUAGGAGUAGCUAGAAAAAAAGACACAUUAGAAAUUUAGAAAAGCCGAGAGAGCCUGAAAUUGAACCUAUUUUCUUUAUAAUUCAUAGAGCCAGACCUCAGGCUUACUAAACAACCAGGAAACUGGCAAGCCUGCUAGCCUUGGAGAUGUGUUACUGACCUGCCAUGUCAGUGACGAUAACAUCUAAAAUUACUGAACCGUAUCUCUCUUUCUAAGUUUCAACGGCACUUGGUUAUUUUGAAUUCACUCUGAGGGGUACAUAAUACAGCAAAAUCACAUACUAGAAGAUGAAAAAAAUUGCACUUUCUUAACAAAAAGAAGCAGUCCCGAAGGGUCAUCUGUAAGAACAAGUGUGUAUGUGGAAUGUUUAAUAUGCCAAAGAAGAUUCACAGUCCUUGCUUCAGAGGCUGUCUGCACUCGAGACCUUUUGUCUGCAGAAGGAAGUUGUCUUUAUAAAAUGGAUCCACUCCCUGUGUAAAGCUGCCCAGUCUAGAUCAUCAGACAAUAGAUGUAGUGAGCUGAAUUACACUGCUCGCCUACUGUGCAGACCUUCACACUGGGUAAUGACUCUGAAAAGAUGCUAGUCAAAAGUUCACAUGUACUGUAGGUAAAAAAGGGAAUUUCAACAAACAUUAUACCUGACACUGGAGUAAGAUAAAAUCUUAGGCAUUAGAUAAUCCUGUAGAUUUCUGCUGGAUCCCUAGUUUCUUUGUGCUUUGUGACAUUUCUCCUAUGGAGGAAUGCAUAUGAAGCAUGGUAUUUGUUUUCAUAUGAUUAAUAUGUUGGUCUCCUGUUUAUGUAGCUGUGUUUUCUUGGGGCCCAAGAGGCAAUUAAGUCAACUUCUAAGAGCCUUAGGGGAAAAUUAAUUGAAACAAAUAGCCACUUACAAAUGAUUUCUUUAUAGGGCACUUACAAUGACUGUGUCACCAUGUUGACAAAACAUGGUCAAUUUAGUCAAAUUGGUUGUUUGUCAUUUUGUAAAUCACUCACCUUAAUUAUUGCUUGAGUACUUUGGCUGAACUGAUUGAAUGUGAGGCAUCGUGUAUCAAAUAGAAGCUUGCAAACCUUUGUAGUGAUAAGAGAUCUAAGAUCAUCAUCCAGCAUUGCACAUGAUUAUGCAAGGUGUAUAUUCACCCCCGGGUAUGCAGAUAGAACUGUUAAGCUCCUUUUCAGUUACUACUGCAUAUGAGCAUAGUUUGUUUCAUAAACUAGACACAUGGCUUUUUUGCAGAACAUAAAAUGGGAGAUGAAAAUGUUUAACUUACGUAGAAAUGAAAAUAUAUUUUCAUUGACUAUGGUAACAAGUACCAUUUUCCAUAUUGUUUAAUUGCACAAAUUUUCACACAAGUAUAUGAAUGUAUACUCAUUUAAAAAUGCCAAUAUUGUCUUGUGUUUGUAGGAACUUUAGAGUUUCCUUUUUAAAAAAUGGACACUGCACCCAUGGAAUGAAUGUUUAAGAAGUUUGACAAAAUUCCUAUAGAACAAUAUUGUUCACCUUUCCUCUCUAUUAUCUUAGUUUUCUUUUCUUUAAGUGGGAAGUACUGAGAGGACCAUAACUCACUCAAGCAGUCAUGUCUCAGAUUGUGUGUAUUUGGUGGAGUUUUGUGUCUAAAGUUGCCUUUGGUAUUCCACCUCUCAGCAAAUGUGUAAUUGGAAAUUAAAUUUAGGAAAAUGAUGAAAUAAAAGUUCUUUUUGUGUUCUAAAA